AUGUCGACCGCCGCCGCAACCCCUGCACCUGUACCUGUCCCCGUUGAGGAGCCCCAGCAGCAUCAGCAGGGUGCCGCUAGUUCGGUCCCACCUCCUGCGCCAGUGCCCAGUUUCGCAGCUCCUCCUGCGUCAGCUCCAUCCACUCAUGGCCCAUCUGCCUCUCUCUACGUGGGCGAGCUCGAUCCUUCGGUAACGGAGGCCAUGCUCUUUGAGAUCUUCAACAUGAUCGGUCCAGUCGCUAGUAUUCGUGUCUGCCGUGAUGCAGUCACCCGACGCUCACUUGGAUAUGCGUAUGUUAACUAUAUUAAUGCUGCCGAUGGCGAGCGUGCCCUUGAGAAUCUUAAUUACUCCUUAAUCAAGAAUCGUGCUUGCCGCAUUAUGUGGUCUCAGCGUGAUCCCGCACUUCGUAAGACUGGUCAAGGUAAUAUCUUCAUCAAAAAUCUUGAUGAGGGUAUCGACAACAAGGCUCUGCAUGACACCUUUGCUGCGUUCGGUACCGUCCUGUCCUGCAAGGUUGCCACCGACGAGCACGGCAAUUCUAAGGGAUAUGGAUUUGUUCACUAUGACAGUGCUGAGUCUGCCGAGAACGCCAUCAAGGCUGUCAACGGUAUGCUCCUCAAUGAUAAAAAGGUUUAUGUCGGACAUCACAUUUCUCGCAAGGAACGCCAGUCCAAGAUCGAUGAGAUGAAGGCUCAAUUCACCAACCUUUACAUCAAAAAUAUCGAUACAGAGAUUCCUGAGGACGAGUUCCGCGAGUUGAUGUCCAGGUUCGGUACCAUCACCUCGCUCGUGCUCACUCUGGAUGAGGACGGCAAGAACAAAGGUUUUGGUUUCGUCAACUACGAGAAGCACGAAGAGGCGCAGAAAGCCGUCGAUGAGCUGCACGACAAGGAGUGGAAAGGAAGGACCCUCUAUGUCUCUCGUGCGCAGAAGAAGGCCGAACGCGAGGAGGAGCUCCGAAGAUCAUACGAAGCAGCUCGCGCUGAGAAGCAGAACAAAUAUCAGGGAGUGAAUCUUUACAUCAAGAACCUCGAUGACGACUUCGAUGAUGACAAGCUCCGUGGCGAAUUUGAAGCCUUCGGCACUAUUACCAGCUGCAAGGUUAUGCGUGAUGAGAAAGGUGUCUCGAAGGGCUUCGGUUUCGUCUGCUUCUCUUCUCCUGAUGAGGCGACCAAGGCUGUGUCCGAGAUGAACAACAAAAUGAUCGGCUCGAAGCCUCUCUACGUCUCUUUGGCUCAGCGCCGUGAUGUUCGCCGCCAACAGCUCGAGAGCCAGAUCGCGCAGCGUAACCACAUGCGUAUGCAACAGGUGAUUGGCGUCGCUCCUGGAGGAUACAUCAAUGGCCCCGCGAUGUUCUACCCCGGCCCUGGUGGUUACGCCGGAGGCCCCGGUCCUCGCGGCAUGAUGGGAUACCCACCGCAGGCUGGUAUUGGUCCCCGCCCACGUUAUGGACCUCCCGGCCAGCCUCUUCCUGGACUUCCACUACCUGCUCAGUAUGGAGGCGUGCCUGGCGGGUAUCUUCCCGGAUAUCCUCGCGAUCCUCGCGGCCCCCCUCCGCCCCAGGCUCAAGGCGCUCCUCGUCCUGGCCCUGCUGGGGCUGCUCCUCCCCCUGCCCCCAAUGGUACUCGUGCUGGUCCACCUGGGGCCACGGGUGGGCCUGCUGUACCCCCUGCCCCGCGUCCUGGCGGACCCGCCGUCAACGGUGCUCCGCGCCCCGCUGGCCCUGCCGGUAGUGUCCCUCGCAAUGCUCCUGCUGGCGCUCCUCAGGCCUCCGUGCUCUCGAACGCUGCCCUUUCUACCGCAUCACCCAUGGAUCAGAAACAAAUGCUCGGAGAGGUGAUUUACAUGAGGAUUCAUGGUAAUAACCCCGAUCUCGCGGGUAAGAUCACGGGUAUGCUUUUGGAGAUGGAUAAUUCGGAAUUGUUGCACUUGCUUGAGGACAAUGAGGCGAUGGACAACAAGGUCAAUGAGGCGAUCACAGUCCUUAACGAGUACGCCAUCAAGGGGGGGGAAGAGAUUGCGCAUUGA